AUGAACGUUGUUUUGGAUGAAGCUGAGGAACUCAACAUGAAGACCCAAAGUCGCAAUAAACUCGGUCGCAUAUUGCUCAAGGUAGGGAUGCUUUUCAUCGCGACGCUUUGGCUUCUGUCCCACAGUGUAUUCGGUAUCCUGAAUACUGGGGUCCAACUACGGAUAGAGGAAUUCUUCGACACUCCCGGGCACACUAACAACUGGGCUGUUCUUGUAUGUACUUCUCGCUUCUGGUUCAACUACCGCCACGUUUCCAAUGUUUUGGCUCUUUAUCACACCGUGAAACGACUAGGUAUUCCUGAA